ACGCAGCAUUCUUUUCUAAAAGUCAGAAGAUAUUUUUUGUGUCUUCAAUCUCAUUGGUUUGUCUUCUAAUCUUAUCUCUAUGAUCACCUUUCAAAUGAUAUUAAGAAAAUACAUUUUUCCUUCCAAGUAAAAAAAAUAUUUUCCUUCUCUCCAUCCUACUGAUUCUGAUCCAUGGCUGGAGUUGAACUAGAAAUUGGGAAACCUGUGCAAGAGCUGGUAGAAAAUGGAAUUGAGUUUCCAAAUAAUUAUAUCUGGGAAAGUCCUAAUUUUGGAACCAUAGAUGCUUCUGUUCCACUUGGAGACAUUCCAGUUAUUGACAUUUCUCAGUUGAAAGAUUCGGAUCAUCAACUUCGAUCAGCUCUUAGCUCAUGGGGAUGCUUUCAGGCAAUCAAUCAUGGAAUUGAAAAUUCCUUUCUGGAAGAAGCGUGUGAAGUUGCCAAACAAUAUUUUCAGCUUCCAAUGAUGGAGAAGGAAAAAUAUGCGAGACAGAAAGGUGAAUUUUAUGGGUACGGAAAUGAUAUGAUUCUUUUCCAGAAUCAAACACUUGAUUGGAACGAUCGCUUGUACGUUUCACUCAUCCCAGAAGACGAAAAAAAACGACAAAAUUGGCCUCAAAAUCCACAAUCUUUUAGGAGGAUAUUGAAUGAGCUCACUACAAAGAUACAACAGACAGAAAAACUUCUUUUGAAGUCCAUGGCAAGGUCCCUACGCUUAGAAGAGGACUGCUUUUUGAAGAAAUUUGGCGAGCGCAGAAUAAUUGAUGCAAGAUUCAACUAUUAUCCUCCAUGUCCAAGGCCUGAUCUUGCUCUAGGACUCAAGCCACACGCAGAUAGCUCCACAAUAACUUUUCUCCUGCAAGACAAAGAAGUAGAAGGUCUUCAAGUCAUGAAAGAUGAUCAAUGGUUUCGUGUUCCUAUAAUACCUUAUGCUUUUCUUGUUCUUGUUGGUGAUCAAAUGGAGAUAAUGACUAAUGGAAUUUUCAAGAGCGCAGUGCACACAGCACUGGCAAACUCUAGCAAGGCAAGGCACACUAUGGCUAUAUUCUGCACUCCAGAACCGGAAAAAGUGAUUGAACCAUUGGGGGAACUUAUUAAUGAUAAAAGGCCAAGAUUAUACAAGGCAGUAAGAAACUAUGUGGAUACUUAUAUGGACUACUACCAGCAGGCAAAGAGGGCAAUCGAUGCUGUGAAAAUUUAGAUUCUCUUCUAAUUGUUAAUCUUUCCAAGACAAGCUCCAUCUUUCUACUCUUCCGGUGUGUUAUGUAACAGCAAUAAAUAGUGGCUGAUCGAAGAUGUGUCCUGAGUAUCGCUGCUGCAACAAGUUCUUGAUGCGUUUAUUGCAUUACUCUCUACUAUAUUGUAUUGUAUUUAUCUACUGAAAGCCAGGGUCUUUUGAAUCAAUUACGGGAGCUGUAUUUUACCCUUACUAUCUACGACUAGCCUUAAUCGUUGAUCUA